AUGGCUAGCACUGCUCUGGAAUUCCUUGGCUUCCUCAUUGGUAUAGUAGGGUGGAUGUGUGCUUGUGCGGCAACAGGAAUGCCACAGUGGAAGAUCACGCCAUUCAUUGGAAGCACCAUACUGAACACGGAGAUCACAUGGGAAGGAAUCUGGAUGAGCUGCGUCUACCAACAGACUUCGGGCAGGUUGGUAUGUGACAGCUAUGACUCAGUGCUUGACCUCUCUGGGGAUGUGCAGUUGGCAAGAGCCUUCAUGUGCCUGGCCAUUUCCUCUGGACUUCUAGCUAUCAUGGUGGCAACAGUGGGAAUGAAGUGCACCUACUGUGCAGGAGAUGACCGUAAAACAAAGGGUUAUAUAGUCACAGCUGGCGGCUCCUUCUUCAUCUUUUCCGGGCUGUGUGUCCUGGUUCCCGUCUCGUGGGCUGCGCACAACAUCAUCACCGAUUUUUAUAACCCACUGCUGCCGGAGAACUUGAAGUGGGAGCUGGGAGAUGCACUUUACGUGGGCUGGACGGCCAGCUGUUUCCUCGGUAUUGGAGGAGCCUUCCUCUGUUGCUCCUUCCCGACAGAGAGUGAGGACGGACGAGCACCUCGGAGAAAUAAAGCAGCAAACCAACCUUCGCUACGGGCUCAGAGUGUCCCGUCUGGCUAUCUAAUGAAGGAAUACGUCUGA